GUAGUGCGCAAUACGAAGUGUCAAAGAAGUGUAAAUUCGCGUAAAAAUUACAAAUUUGGACCAGAAAAACAUGCCGAAACAUUUAAAAAACUAUUGAACUAGUGUCCUAAAUUUCCGGCGCAGCGGAUCGAAGUGAAAUUUCCCAUGCUGAAGUGAAAUCCGCGUCGAAAAGCGCGUUUUUCACCUUGCGCCAUCAUCGGUGCUCCCAGCCGGGAGUGCUAGCGCUACUGCUGUCGUUCGUGGUUUCAUCGAUCUUUUUUCGUCGACUGUUUUUAUCCGGUACCGCUCGUCGCCCCCGCCUCCCGGGGGGUCGUUAAUGCGUGCUUAGCGACCGGUUGGUGUUUACAAAACAAAGUCGAAUAAUAAUAAUAAUCGUCAGGUGUUGUUUGUGGCUUAUUUUGGUUUUGUGUGUGUGAGUGGUUUUUUGUUUUCUUUGUACGAAAUGUCGACCGUGGUGCAGCAGUUUGUGGGUGGGUUGAAAAGCCGCAACAAGGAUGCCCAGAAUAAGGCGGCCCAGGAUCUGUCGCUAUACGUUAAGACGGAACUGCGUGAAAUUCCGCAAGACGAUCUGUUGGCAUUUUUCGAGGAUUUCAAUCAGUAUAUUUUCGAAAUGUUGUCCAGCGCGGAUACCAACGACAAGAAGGGAGGCGUUUUGGCUAUUAAUUGCUUGAUAAGCGGUGAUGUGGUUAAUACGACGACUCAAAUUUCACGUUAUUCCAAUAAUUUGAGAAACUUGCUUCCGUCGAGUGACAUCUCCGUUAUGGAGCUGGCUGCGAAAGUGUUGGUUAAGUUGGCCCUUUUGCCAGGUUCAAAGGGAGCGGAAUCGUUUGAGUUCGACAUCAAACGUGCCUUCGAAUGGCUGACCGAGGAACGAACCGAGGGAAAGCGACAUGCUGCCGUUUUGGUGUUGCGUGAGCUGGCCGUGGCUAUGCCAACGUUCUUCUACCAGCAAGUUGGAAGCUUCUUCGAACACAUAUUCGUUGCAAUUAAGGAUUCCAAACCGAUGAUUCGGGAAGGAGCCGGUCAAGCACUUCGAGCUGUGCUGAUCGUUACUUCCCAGCGAGAGGGAACCAAGCAGAAUAAUAAUCCACAAUGGUAUAACCACUGCUACGACAGUGCUAUGGAUUGUUUCAAGGAGCUUCCUUCGCGCGAAAAAGGUUUCAACCGGGAUGAUCGCAUUCAUGGGGCGAUUAUUGUGUUCAAUGAAAUUUUGCGUUGUUCAAACGCACCCUGGGAGAAAAAGUACAUGCAGUUGGAAAGCUUGAACGUGGACCGUAGGAAUCGCCAUACAGACGAAGGCCAUAGCAUCUUUCCCAGGAUUCGUGUACCUUUCAUGGAGAAGCUUAGUGGAGGGCAUGGUUCCAGCAGCUCUCGCAGUACCGAUGGCAGCGAUGUCAAGUUCUUCCGCCAAAACAGCUCCAUUCAAGAGUCUGCGAUCUGUCGAGCACUGGUCAAUGAUAAUUACGAUUUAAUCUGCCAGAAAGUACUGGAACAGCGUAAUUCCAAGUCUCCGCACGUGAUUCAAUCACUGCUUACAAUCUUACCUCGAUUAGCUGCGUUCAAUCGGCGAGAUUUUGUCAAUAACCAUUUGAAGGCUGUCGUAAACUACCUAAUACUAACGGUGAAAAGCAAAGAAAGGGAACGUAACCUGGCUUUCGUCACACUCGGUUACAUAGCGGUUGCAGUUGAGAAAGAUAUUGCACCGUUCAGAACCAGGAUAGUAGAUGUAAUCACGGUAGCCCUUCCUCCAAAAGAAACUCCGAGCAAGAAGAAAAUAUGCGUCGAUCCUUCGGUGUUCAUGUGCAUCACCUUGCUUGGGCACGCUCUGAAGAGUGCAAUUACGACCGACAUCAAAAAUAUGAUCCUGCCGAUGCUUUCGACGGGAUUGAAUACCGGACUGACGGUGUGCUUGCAUGAGUUGAGCGAGAAUGUGCCUCAGAUGAAACAGGAAAUAACAAGUGGAUUGCUAAAGAUCUUGUCCUGUGUGCUGAUGAACAAACCUCUUCCGCAGUUUAUUCCCGGUCGGCCUCAAGGUACGACGAGUAUUAACCUCUACGAACAGCAAAUCCAAGACACACCUACCACGGUUCUGGCGCUUCGCACGCUCGGAACAUUCAACUUCGAAGGGCACAGCUUGCUCCCGUUCGUUCAACGUUGCGCCGAUCAUUUCCUUCUCAGCGAACAGCAGGAAAUUCGUAUCGAAGCAGUGCAGACAUGCACACUUUUGCUGAAACUAGCCCUUCAAUCCGUAGAUUCCACCGAUGGUUCGGAAACACUCACCCAAACAGUGGGCAGCGUUCUGGAGAAGAUUCUGAUCGUCGGUAUCACGGAUGUCGAUCCGAAUGUGCGUUUGAGGGUACUGAAAUCGUUGGACGAUAGUUUUGACUCUCAGCUGGCUCAACCGUGGUUCCUGAGCUCGCUGUUGAUUACUAUGAACGACGAGGUGUUUGAGAUUCGAGAGCUGGCUAUCAUUAUCAUCGGAAGGCUAUCGGCAAUCAAUCCGGCUUACGUUAUGCCAAGUUUGCGGAAGACAAUGGUGCAGAUUUUGACGGAAUUGGAACAUUCCGGAAUGAGUCGGAACAAGGAACAGAGCGCCAGGAUGCUGGAUCAUUUGAUCGUCAGUACACCGAGACUGAUUUCUUCCUACAUGAGACCAAUCCUCUCUAUUCUGGUACCGAAAUUGAAGGAACCCGAAUCCAAUCCCGGAGUAGUGCUGAACGUGUUGAGAGCAAUUGGUGAUCUGGCUGAAGUGAACGGCGGCCAUCAUGUGCUGGAAAAGUGGUCAGACGAGCUACUGGCUACACUUUUGGAAAUGUUAAGCGAUGCAGGAUCAACGGAAAAGCGGGGCGUUGCCUUGUGGACUCUUGGACAGCUAGUCAGUGCUACGGGACAAGCCGUUAAACCAUACCACAAGUAUCCCCAUUUAAUUGAUAUAUUGAUCAACUUUCUGAAAACCGAACAACAGCCGUACGUCAGACGAGAAACCAUCCGCGUUCUGGGAUUGUUGGGUGCCUUGGAUCCAUACAAACAUAAAAUGAAUCGAGGAUUAAUCGAUAGUCAGAAAAACAACAUCCUGAUUUCGAUUUCCGACACAAAAACAGACGAAUACUCGGAUCUGUCCACUUCGGAGAUGUUGAUCAAUAUGGGAAACCAACUGGAGGAGUACUAUCCGGCAGUUGCCAUUUCAACGUUGAUGAAAAUCCUUCGUGAUCCAACCUUAUCCCACCACCACAUAAGCGUCGUUCAGGCAAUCACCUUCAUUUUCAAAAGCCUUGGCAUAAAGUGUGUUCCGUACUUGUCGCAAGUUCUGCCCAGUCUUCUCGGAAAUAUUCGCAAUGCCGAGGUGAACCUCAAAGAGUUUCUUUUCCAGCAGCUCUCGAUUCUGAUCGAAAUUGUCAAGCAGCACAUCAUCAGCUUUAUGGAGGAAAUCUUCCAGCUGAUUAAGACUUUCUGGAACAGUAGCUAUCCCCUGCAACCGACCCUUAUCAACUUGGUAGAAAAAAUCGCGAUCGCCCUGGGGUGCGAAUUCAAAAUCUAUCUUCCUCAGCUGAUGCCACAAAUCCUCCGGGUCCUUCUCCACGAUGCAUCUACCAAUCGAACCGUAACCGUGAAACUCCUCACUGCGUUGCAGAAGUUCGGCAACAACCUUGACGACUACCUGCAUCUCAUCAUCCCGGCCAUCGUCAAACUGUUUGAACCGAUCGAAGUUCCGUACCAGGUGUCCCUCGCUGCCCUGGAGACAAUCAACUAUCUAGCGGAAAUCCUGGAUUUCACUGACUUCUCGUCCCGGAUCAUUCAUCCCUUGGUCCGAGUCCUGGACAACCAUCCCGGGCAACUCCAAACCGCAGCAUUGCAAACCCUUUGUUCGAUCAUGAUCCAACUGGGCAAAAAGUAUCUAGUCUUCGUCCCCCUCGUCAACCGCGUCAUGAUCAAGCACAAAAUCUCCUACACCGAGUACAACAAACUGCUCUCCAAGUUGCAGGGCCAGAGCACCCUAGCACUGGACGACGAAUUCCGUCUGCGUCAGGCUCGGUUCAAGAAUCGCGAAAUGUCUCUAGCCAGUGACACUACCAUUCGCAAGCUAAACGUUUCCACUGUCGACCUUCAGUUGGCAUUCAAGGCGAAUCGUCGUGUAUCGCGUGACGAUUGGCUCGAAUGGCUUCGCCGGCUCAGCAUCGGUUUGCUUAAGGAAUCCAAGAGCCCAGCGCUACGAUCUUGCCGAACGUUGGCUCAAAACUAUCCGCAACUGUUGAAGGACUUGUUCAACGCGGCGUUCGUAAGUUGCUGGACCGAUUUGCCGGAUAGUUUGAAGGAGGAAUUGUCGUCAAGUUUGAGACAGGCAUUGAUGGUUCCGGAUCUCCCGGAGAUUACCCAAACGAUACUGAAUCUGGCUGAAUUUAUGGAACACUGCGAGAACGACGCGCUUAGGAUCGAUCCGAAGAUUCUCGGCGAACGAGCCAUGGAAUGCCGGGCCUAUGCGAAAGCCUUGCACUACAAAGAGGAAGAAUUCCUAAACAUGAAGGACAAGGAUCAAAGUGUGUUCGAAUCACUGAUCUUAAUCAAUAACAAACUGCAACAGAAGGAAGCUGCCGAAGGGUUGCUAGAGUACGCGAUGGAGCACAGGAGUGCGUCCGAGGAGAUGAAGGUUCAGGUACGGUGGUACGAAAAGCUACAUAGUUGGGAGAAAGCGUUGAAUCUGUACCAGGACAAACUGGAGACCAAUGCGAGCGAUUUGGAAUCGAGACUCGGUCAGUGGCGAUGUUUGGAAGCACUUGGAGAAUGGUCCACGCUGAACGCGGUGACAAAGGAAACAUGGGAAUCGCUGGGUACUGAGGGACAGAGCAAGGCAGGAAGACUGGCAGCUGCGGCUGCUUGGGGUUUGAAGGAUUGGGAUGGAAUGCAAGAAUUUGUCAAAUUCAUUCCGGAGGAUACGCAGGAUGGAUCAUUCUAUCGUGCCGUGCUGGCCGUUCACCACGGUGAGUACGAGUUGGCACAAACGUUGAUCGACGAUACGAGAGAUCUGUUGGAUACGGAGCUGACCGCAAUGGCAGGUGAAUCUUAUGAACGGGCCUACGGAGCGAUGGUUUGCGUCCAGAUGCUCUCCGAACUGGAAGAAGUUAUUCAACACAAACUGAUCCCCGAGCGACAGGAAACUAUCCAAGCCAUGUGGUGGGAUCGCUUGCUCGGUGGUCAACGCUUGGUCGAAGACUGGCAACGAAUUCUCCAGGUUCAUACGUUGGUGGUACAUCCGGCCAACGAUGUCAAAACAUGGUUGAAGUUCGCCUCACUGUGUCGCAAGAGUGACUCGCUGAAACUUUCCGAGAAGACCCUUGUCAUGUUGCUUCGUUACAAUCCUUCGGAGUAUCCGGACCACCCGCUGGAAUUUACGCAACCAGAUAUCAGCUUCGCCUAUGCAAAGCAUCUCUGGGCAGCAGGUGAACAGCAAACAGCUUACAAUCAACUGAACAGAUUGGUAACCGACAUGGGCAUUGAGGGAAAUUUCGACGCAGAAGAGAAGGACGAAAACCGUCGCCUGUUGGCGCGAUGCUACAUGAAGCUAGGCCAGUGGCAGAACCAACUUCAAGGUCUGAACGAGCAGUCCAUCAAAGGUAUCCUCGCAUGCUACGAGAAAGCCACCAAGCACGACUCUAAUUGGUACAAAGCAUGGCAUCUCUGGGCCUACAUGAAUUUUGAAGUCGUUCAGAAUCAAAAGCAGCAGGAAGAUCUUCUGAAGAACCCCGGCGGAGAUAAGGAAAAGUGUAUGAUCCGGCAGUACGCCGUUCCCGCUGUGGAAGGCUUCUUCCGUUCGAUCAACUUGUCGCAUGGGAACUCCCUGCAGGACACACUCCGUUUGUUGACCCUCUGGUUCGACUACGGACAGUAUCCCAAGGUGUUCGAUGCCCUCGUCGAAGGAAUGCGUGUGAUCGAAAUCAAUACCUGGCUGCAGGUGAUUCCGCAGCUGAUAGCUCGCAUCGAUACGCCCCGAAAUUUAGUCGGCGAGCUAAUCCAUCAGCUUCUGAAUGACAUUGGAAAAUGUCACCCGCAAGCUCUAGUCUAUCCGUUGACCGUGGCUUCCAACUCGGCAUCCAGUGCUCGUCGGCAGGCGGCUCAUAAAAUUCUGGGAUCCAUGGGCGAACAUUCGUCCACCCUGGUCAAUCAAGCCAUCAUGUGCAGCGAGGAACUGAUCCGCGUUGCAAUCCUGUGGCAUGAACAGUGGCAUGAGGGCUUGGAAGAAGCCUCACGACUGUACUUUGGCGAACGCAAUAUCAAGGGUAUGUUUGAAACGUUGGAGCCCCUCCAUCAAAUGCUCCAGAGGGGGCCGCAAACGCUGAAGGAAACUUCCUUCAACCAAGCCUACGGAAGGGAUUUAAACGAAGCUCAAGAAUGGUGCAAACAUUAUAAGAACUCGGGCAAUAUCCGCGAUUUGAACCAAGCCUGGGACCUGUACUACCAUGUGUUCCGCCGAAUUUCCCGGCAGCUACCGCAGCUCACUUCACUGGAACUUCAGUACGUCAGCCCGAAACUGUUGGCCUGUCGCGAUCUGGAGCUAGCCGUACCGGGAAGCUACACUCCCGGGCAGGAGCUGAUCAGCAUAGCCAGCAUUCAGUCGAACCUCCAGGUGAUCACCUCGAAGCAGAGACCGCGAAAACUUUGCAUCCGUGGUUCGAAUGGAAAGGAAUACAUGUUCCUGUUGAAGGGUCACGAAGAUUUGCGUCAAGAUGAACGUGUGAUGCAACUGUUCGGAUUGGUGAACACUCUGUUGCUCAGCGAUCCGGACACGUUCAGAAGAAAUCUGACCAUCCAACGUUAUGCGGUUAUUCCGUUGAGUACCAAUUCCGGUUUGAUUGGAUGGGUGCCGCACUGCGACACGCUGCAUACGUUGAUUCGAGACUACCGCGACAAAAAGAAGACCAUGUUGAAUAUCGAGCAUAGGAUUAUGCUCCGCAUGGCCCCGGAUUAUGACCAUUUGACGUUGAUGCAAAAGGUCGAGGUCUUUGAGUAUGCGCUGGAACUUACCAAGGGAGACGAUCUGGCCAAAUUGUUAUGGCUGAAGAGCCCAUCGUCAGAGGUCUGGUUCGACCGAAGAACGAACUAUACCCGGUCGCUGGCAGUGAUGUCAAUGGUUGGAUACAUUCUCGGCCUGGGCGAUCGGCAUCCUUCCAAUUUGAUGUUGGACCGACUGAGUGGCAAAAUUCUGCAUAUUGAUUUCGGUGAUUGUUUCGAGGUUGCAAUGACCCGUGAGAAAUUCCCGGAAAAGAUCCCGUUCCGUUUGACGCGUAUGCUAAUCAAUGCCAUGGAAGUAACUGGUAUCGAGGGAACCUACCGCCGUACAUGCGAAAGUGUCAUGAACGUGCUCCGUCGCAACAAGGACAGUUUGAUGGCCGUACUGGAAGCGUUCGUGUACGAUCCUUUGCUAAACUGGCGCCUCUUGGAUGCGGAUAAGAACCGAAGGUCCAAGAAUGCCACCGAUGUCGAUAGCACUACGGAGAGCAUUGAAGAAACGUUGGAUCUUUUGGCGAUCAAUGCCAGAAAUCUGAGGAUGAACGAAGCCAAUACCAAUGGUGGUGGCGAUGUGGUGGACCAAAGCAGCAAUUGCAUUGCAAAUCCGGCGGAAGCUACCAACAAUAAGGCUCGUGCAAUUGUAGAUCGCGUAAAGCAAAAACUAACCGGAAAGGACUUCAACACGAAUGAUCCGGUCUCAGUGCAACGGCAGAUCGAUCUACUAAUACGACAGGCCACCAACAACGAGAACCUCUGCCAGUGUUACAUCGGAUGGUGUCCGUUCUGGUAGAAAGUGGCUCUCGCGCGUGCAGAACAGUAUUGUACAUAUAACGUAUAUCUGUUUUAUGUGUGCUGUGGGAUGGUAGAUGUGGGAUUUUUUUUGUUUGUUUUUGACCUCAAUAAUAUAUAACGAUUUGUAACGAUCAGUUGUACAGAAACAACCGACGACUAUUGCUGCCUAUCUAAUAUUGAUAUUCGAGUAGGAGUAAAGUUAAAAUGCAAUAACGCAAAGUUCACCAAAUUUAUUCGAUGAAAAAGCUUAGAGUACGAACACAAAGCAAAUAAACAAACCAGCUUAUAUACAAAUUUAA